AUGUCUUCCAAAGUUGCUUUCGUUCUCUGCGCUUCAGCGCUUUUGGUGCAGGCUGCCUUUGGGCAGUACAUCCCCGAAAUCAUCAUCAGCGGUGGCGGCUCUGCCAGUGCCUCUGCUAGUGCCAGUGCCAGUGCUACCAGUCUGGGCGGAGGCUUGGCCUAUGGCUCUGGCUUAGCGAGCGGUGUUGGCUUGGCCAGCGGACUUGGCUUGGCCAGCGGACUUGGCUUGGCGAGCGGUUAUGGCUCGGCUGGACUUGGAUUGGGAGCCGGUACUGUGGGAUAUUCUGGCGCUGCAGCCGGUGCUGGAGCUAGCGGCAUUGUUGUUGGAGGUGGAAGAAGCGUGGCCGUCACCCCUCUUCUCGUCACUGCCAUCUCCCCCAUCGGUCCCAGCGGUCUUGCCGUCGCUUCUGAGAACGCCAUCGAAGGAAACCUGCUGGUGACCGGUCAGCUGCCGUUCCUGAGCGCUGUGGCCUUCGAAGGCGCCCUGCCCACUGCUGGGUCUGGUGUGGCCACUUGUGGAUGCGGCAGUGGACAGGUCGGCAUUGUCAGCGAAGGUUUCGGCCGUCCUAACAUCUACUACUGA